AUGUCCCCUGACUUGGAAAAGGUGCCGGCCCACAGGCCUCUGGUCACUGCUGGGGAGGGCCAUGGGGGUGAGUUGGAUGCCUCCCGCUGUCUCUUCCGCUUCCACCCUGGCGGGGUCCUUGUCGUCGGGGCCUUCCACAACUUCUGCACAGAGGCCACGGGCUUCUCCCAUCUCUUCCCCGGCCUCCGGCAGCAACUGCUCAUGCUGCCCUGUUGGUUCCACCCCCCUCUCUUCCGGAACUACCUUAUGUGUGGUGGUGACAAGGGACCAGCGCCUCCUAUCUGUUGUCCCGGCCUGGGGGGCGGCCAGGUGGCAGUCCUGGCCUUGGGAGGGCCCCUGGAGGCGCUGGAGGCAAAAGCCGGAGGGCUGAGCUUGCGGAUCCGGAAUCAAGGGAUUUGUCAAGUUGGCGCUGGAGCAAGAGCGCGGUCCUGCUUCCCCAGGGCCUCCCUCGUGCCUGUUUUCUCUUUCCGGGAGAACGAGCUCUUCCAGCAGUUCCCGAACCCGCCGGGCUCGUGGGUGCGGGGGGCACAGGAAGAGCUGCAGCCACUGCUGAGCGUGGCCCUGCCGCUGUUCCACGGCCCCCUGGGCCUCCUCUUGCCCUUCCGCGCGCCCAUCCACACAGUCGGUGAGCCCUGGCCUCUGCCCCGUCCGCUCCCCGGCCCGCCCUCGCGCUCCUCCGGAGCUCAGGCCCCCGCCCGGUCCCCGCGCCGGGUGGCGAAGGUCCCUGGUUGGGGCCUGAAAUCCUGGCUACCGGCCGCGCAUCGGCCACGCCAGCCUGCCCCCCCGGGCCGGUCUUGGGCCACUGCCCCAGCCCUGAACUCUGUCCCGGACGAUCGCGGCGGGCAGGAGGGAAGAAAGGACCGGGCGAGGGAUCCCAGCGACCGCCCCUCUCGCCUGGCGUUCCGCCCACAGUGGGGGCCCCAAUCCCGGUGCCAAGAAGCCACGCGCAGGUGGACAUGCUGCACGCGCUCUACGUGGAGAGGCGCACGCGGCUGUUCGAAGAGCACAAGGCGCGCUACGGCGUUCCCGCCCACAGGCACCUGGUCCUUACCUAGGCGCCCCCGCGGCCCGGGCCCUCCCCGAGCCCCAGGGGGCCUGCGGGUGCAAGGGUGA